UCAAAGCCUUCUCUAGUCUCUACCUACCAAUUUUAAGACCAGACUCACUGAGUUGAGACCAACUCGCUAAAAGAAAUCUUAAGCGAUGGCUUUGCUGAUAUGGGAGACUUUGAAGGAGGCGAUAACUGCGUAUACGGGUCUGUCUCCGGCCACUUUCUUCACGGUUCUUGCUCUGUUAUGGGCCGUUUACUAUGUAGCAACCAGUCUAUUCGGGUCAUCCGACGAUCACAACCAUCAACGGUCCAGGGCUUUCGAGGAGGAGCAGAUGGAGCCGCUCCCACCACCGGUUCAGCUCGGCGAGAUUGCCGAGGAGGAGCUUAAGCAAUAUGAUGGGUCGGAUUCUAAGAAGCCACUCCUCAUGGCUAUUAAGGGUCAGAUCUAUGAUGUUUCUCAAAGCAGAAUGUUUUACGGACCUGAUGGACCUUACGCGUUGUUCGCCGGAAAAGACGCAAGCAGAGCUCUCGCAAAGAUGUCUUUCGAAGAGAAAGAUCUAACGGGAGACAUCUCGGGUCUCGGUCCAUUCGAAUUGGAUGCAUUGCAGGAUUGGGAGUACAAGUUCAUGAGCAAGUACGUUAAGGUUGGAACCAUCAAGAAGACGGUUCCAGCAACAGAAGGGGAUGCCAAUGGUGAAGCCUCGGGAGCUGCAGAAACCGAUGCUAAGCCAGCUGGAGAUGGCCCAUCGCAAAGUCUAGUUGCUGAAGCGGAGGAAAAACCUUCUACUGCAGAUACUAAGGAUGAGUAACUUGUUCGGGCUUAGCUAUUUCCGAUUCGAACAGGUGAUCAGUCUUUCUGCUGGACUGGACAUGGCAGAUGAGACAGCGUUAUGUGCCAGAUACUCGUGUAGCAAACUUGCCUCCAAUAAACUGGGAUGUUAAAACUUUGAGAAUUAAAUAUGUGUUUGAUACUUGAA